AUGUUUUUUCUGCGAUGGGUUUACCUUGCAGGUCUUCUUGGAGGAGCCCUUGCAUCUCCAGGCAAAUCGCUUGCUAGGAGAAGCACCACCGUCAGUGAAAUAUUGACUGAUAUUGAAGAUGCUGUCACCUGUUCAGCAUGCGAGGCCCUUCUCGUUGUGCUUCAGGCUCUCGCCCAUUUGGGAAAUGACGACUUUGUCGAUGUAAUCACCGAAGUCUGCAUUCUGGCAGGAGUUGAGGAUAGCGAUGUCUGCGACGGUGCCAUCUCUCGUGAAGGACCCAUCCUCGCCCAUGACCUUCGCAACAUGGACAUUCCUUCGACAACCGCACAACUAUUCUGUUCCACCGUUUUCGGGUUAUGCGAUUAUCCCGCUGUUACGGAAUACACAGUGGACUUCCCAUCUACCAAGCCAGCCAAUGCCUCGCGUCCGGCUUCCAGUGGAGAGACCCCUAUCCAAGUCGUCCACAUCAGCGAUAUUCACGUUGACCUUUCAUACGAGACGGGUGCCAAUUAUAAUUGCACCAAGAAUAUUUGCUGUCGUCCAUACACCUCUGCUGAUGCGCCCGGAAACACUAGCUACCCAGCUGGCGAGUAUGGCAAUCACCAGUGCGAUUCUCCUCUUACUCUUGAGGAGAGCAUGUAUGAAGCAAUUGCGAGCCUUGUGCCUGACGCAUCUUUCACCAUUUUCACGGGUGAUGUUGUCGAGGGUGCAGUCUGGCUUGUCAACGAAACUGAAGUGACCAACGAUCUGAAUGACGCAUACAACGCCCGUAUGCCUUCUUACCUUGACUUGGUCUACGGUGUCAUUGGCAACCAUGAUGUCGCGCCCGUUAACUCUUUCCCUCCAUCUGACAUUGAUACCACCAUCUCCAGCCAAUGGGCUUACGAUACCCUCUCUUCGGACUGGACUCAAUGGAUUGGAUCGACAGCCGCAACCACUGCUGAUGACUAUGGUUCUUACUCUGUCAAAUACCCCAAUGGAAACCUCCGCAUCAUCUCGUUCAACACCAACUUCUACUACAAAGAGAACUUCUGGCUCUACGAGAAGACAAUGCAGUCUGAUCCCAAUGGCCAGCUUGCUUGGCUCGUCACCGAGCUCGACGCUGCCGAGACUGCAGGUGAGCGAGUCUGGCUUCUUGGCCACAUGCCCAUGGGAGCAAGCGAUGCAUUCCACGAUGGGUCCAACUACUUCAAUCAGAUCAUCCAGCGCUAUGAUGCCACUAUUGCGGCAGUCUUCUAUGGCCACACGCACAAGGAUGAGUUUGAAAUUGCCUACUCGAACUAUUCCGACCCAUCUGCCAGCACUGCCACCAUGAUGUCCUAUAUUGCGCCAGCCUUGACCCCAACAUCUGGCAACCCGACUUUCCGUGUCUACUCGGUUGACCCGGUGACUUUCGGUGUCCUGGACUAUACCGUCUACAUCACCAACAUGUCUAGCUCUACCUACCAGACGAAGCCAACCUGGGAGAAGUACUACUCCGUUAAGGAGACUUAUGGCUCUCUCCUAAGCCCCGCUGUCACUGAUAGUGCCGCAGAGCUUACGCCGGAAUUCUGGCAUAAUGUCACCGCACUGUUUGAGAGUGACGACUCCGUCUUCCAGGAUUAUAUUUCUCGCAAGAGCCGCGGUUGGGAUGUCAGUUCUUGCACGGGCGACUGUAAAACGGACGAAAUUUGUCAACUUCGAGCGGCCGAGGCGCAGUACAACUGUGUGACUAUCUCGCCAGGUAUCAACUUCAAAAAGCGUGAUGAUAGCAGCGCUGUGACUCAAGAGAGUUCAUGCGGUGAAUCCGUUAUUGGUGCUAUAUUCUCCAACUUCGAAGAGAGCGUGUCAGCUUUCAAGACGUCCGCAACUUCAAAGCUAGGCCAGAGUUUCCUUAACACUACGGUGAACUCCACCGUUGCGUAA